UCUAACAAUAAGUAUAACGAAUGUCAGAUGCACAGUGGAGGUAAAUGUCGAAACACGUUGUUCAAAAGUAGGAUACGGAUAUCGUGGAUUGUAAUAUUGCUAAACUAGAACCCAUAUACCGGGUGAAUUGGUAUAUUUAUUGACGAAGGUUGGCACCCCUGGCUGUUUGCGAAUGACUGUCAAAACCUACUUUCCCCAUAGAGGUCCCCGAGGAAAUACGAUGUCCAUCUCGUAGACGUGAGUAUCUCUCGCGCGAGGAUGGGGUGCUGGCCCAGAGCAGUGUCCUUCGUGCCUAUAUUCUUUAACCAGUUUGAGGAACGAAUGAAGUAUUCUGGCAUGUAACGAGAUUAUCUAUCAGGACCUGGGGCAUCCUGUCCGAGGCGAGGAAUUACGUAGAACCAACGUCUCGUGAAAUCCAUUCAGUAGUUGAAGAGAACAGGUCAAGAUAACUGCAGCUGCUGGUGGUUGAAUAUUCUCGCAGCGGUUUCUAUCUUGUCAAAAUCCAUCAAAAUGUUCAUCACGUGACAUCGGCCGUUACGGGAUAUGGAAAAACCAUAAAUUAAUAAUCCGCAAAAUUCCCAGGGAACGAUUUGAGAAAAGGCCUAUAGAAAAAAAAAUCAUCCCAUUGUACUAAGAAAUGCUUUCUUGGUAAUACAAGCAGAGGAAAAACUUCUCCAAAAAGAAAACGACGCUGAUCCCUCUGUUCGUUAGCGACAGAAAUGACCAAAUUAAGAUUUCAAAGCAAUAGUUGUAUCGAUUGAUUGAUCGAAUCCUUUUAUAAGUCGAAACAAGUUGAAGGAAAAACAAUAAUAGUAAUAAUCAUAGGGAACUAAAAUGAGUAAUCAAGGUGAGCAGACGGAGGGUAAAUGGAAUUGCGAGUACUGUACGUAUGAAAAUUGGCCCUCAUCAUUGAAAUGUACAAUGUGCAGAGGGGCAAAGCCUUUAUUUGGGGAAGAUAUUUAUCGUUUGCGUGAUCCAAGUCCACAGCGAUCAGGUUCUAAUGUAGCGUCUGGUCCAGUACCUCAAAUAAGUCAGUCGACAGACUUGUGCAACCUAAGCCCUCAAAAUUACAGCCAAAAUUUGCCUUCAGGAGGUAAAUGGGCCUGUGACUUAUGCACCUACCUCAAUUAUCAAAAUACAAAUCGAUGUGCACAGUGUGGACAGAAGAAACCGGUAAAUCACUCCACAUCUAUACAUUCGACAGCCUCAAAUCUACACGAACAACUAGCACCGCUAAGGCUGGGCGAUCCCCCGCCUAACCCAGGCUCAAACUUACAAAUAAAUUCUCCGUUAAUUAAUUUACAUCCUGAAAAGUACUCCUACGCGCAGCUGAAUGUGCCGUUGUGUAAUAAGCAGCAGGAAAAAUGGUCGUGUCCGUCGUGUACCUAUGAAAACUGGCCGAAAGCUACGAAAUGUAUAAUGUGCGCCCAUCAGCGGGAAAAAGAAAGAAGAGAAAGAUCCAUUACUAAUCUAGGACUUAUCCUACCCAGUCCUGAUCGGGAUCAAAGCCAGAAAGGCCUUCCGUCUCCGUCUCCGCCUCAUACUCCGUACAUCCAUCAAACUCAUCGAGAUGAAAACUUGGCAGUGGCAAAAAGAAGUUCUCAUAGAUACGAGAGAAACGAUACUCUACCUGCUCCACAAUCACCCAACAAUUGUGAAUAUGAACGCAGAUUAAAACAGCUUAGGCGCCAUACAGACUGGUGCUGGUUAAACGCAUGUCUCGGCAUAGUUGAAGGUGAUAAUGCACCAGUCGAAGCUUAUUUAGCAAGCGGUGGAGACCCUGCUCGUCAAUUGACGCAUUCCGAAGUUCUCCUUUUGAACAGAAGCAGUGCUUUUGACAUUGGGCAUACUCUAGUUCAUUUGGCAAUUCGAUUCCAAAGAGAGGAUAUUCUAGCUACACUGUUGUCACAGAUCGAGGGGUCCGGGUCAGGUGUGAAGAGAGUACCAAGUUAUGUGGCACCAGAUUUGGCAGAACAGAUUCGUCGGCAUGUAACAAAUAGCAUUGGACUCCGAAAAGGCUCUUUUCCAUGCUGCUUUGUUAUGGACAUGGCUACCUUUGCGCUACCUGCUGAGUUUGAUCAAUUGAAGGUUGAAGAUCUACCGAGUAUAGUUCAGGAGCAGAUGCUUGAAGAGCUACUAGACAGAGAAGCACAACAACAGCUGGAAGGCGGAGGUGGAGAACCUCCAGCCUUGAAUUGGUCGUUAGAAGUAACCGAAAGACUCGGAAGUAGAUUACACGCUCUGUGGAACAGAUCUGCCGGUGACUGUCUGUUGGAUUCCGUAAUGCAGGCAACAUGGGGCGUUUUCGAUAGGGAUAAUACAUUACGCAGUGCUUUAGCUGAUUCACUACAGCAGGGUGGACAGUUCUUUUAUCCCCGCUGGAGGGAGUAUGAAGCAUCGCAAGCAGCGCGGAUGUUGGACUUCACUCUGGAAGAAACUCAGUGGCAAGAAGACUGGGAAAAUCUACUAGCAACUGCAGCCCAACCUGGUAGCGCACUUGAGCAAUUGCAUGUCUUUGCAUUAGCCCACAUAUUGCGAAGACCCAUUAUUGUUUACGGAGUCAAAUACGUCAAGAGUUUUCGGGGUGAAGAUAUAGGUUACGCAAGAUUUGAGGGAGUUUAUUUACCACUGUUGUGGGAACCAUCGUUUUGUAUCAGAUCACCAAUUGCUUUGGGUUAUACCCGUGGCCACUUCACAGCUUUAGUUCCAAUUGAGCCAUACCCAUCAUCGAGAAUCCCACCAUUAACUCCACAUGCUAAUGUCGGAGUCGGCGGUGUUGGUGCCAUGCCGCAAAUGCAGAUGCAAACAACGUUUAUGCCAUUAAUGGAUCGUGAUCGUAAGCUCCUACCGAUUCACUUCCUAAGUCCUGAAGAAAUUGGCCGUGAGGAAACCAUAUUAAAACAGUGGCUCGAUGUUUGCACAACAGAAGGCGGUAUUCUGGUAGCUCAGCAAAAACUUCACAAAAAACCCCUACUAGUCGCGCAAAUGCUUGAAGAAUGGCUGAACCAUUACCGAAGACUUGCACAGAUGAACAAUGCUCCAUUUUCUCGACCAGCAACUUUACAAGACUACAGCAGUGAUGGGGAUACGGAAGAUGAAUAAGAAAAGCUCAGAUAAUUGAUAAAAUCAUGCAACUUGGUGAAAAUUUAUUUGUUUCUCUCCAGUGAGCAAAUCUAGAAUGGUAAAAAGGUCUGCACAGGUGCAGCGAUAUGGAAAUACCAAGUCUCUGUGCCUAGAAUUAUAGACUACGUAAUAUGACUUGUAUACAGUGCAAGUAUGGAGUUUGAAACUUCAAGAAUUACCCUCUCAUUAUAUACUUGAAUCCUUAUUGAUUCGAAAUAGCGAUUAUACAAUGAAUAAUUACAAAUUAAUAUCUUAUUAAUUUAUUAACUUAUUCGAAUUGCUGUCAGCGAAGGUUUCAUAUUU